AGUGGCUGAAACAUGGCGCUUCAAAGCACCGGUCACCGGUCACAAGCUCGCUCAUAGAUAUUUCCUUUAUGUUACUUAGGCAGAUAUAUAUCUAGAUAUGCUGCUGCAUUGAGCACCAAUCCCAAUUCUAUUGUUUGAACACCUAUUAAGCAAUAUGUCCAUAGUGCUUUAUCAUUACAAGAGGUCGCCAUAUUCCACACGGAUAAUAUGGUACCUGGCCCUGCGACAGAUUCCGUACUCCCAAUGUCUCCAACCAACCAUCCUCCCACGUCCCGACCUCAAAGAAAAACUCGGGAUCUCCUACCGACGCAUCCCAAUCCUCGCGAUUGGAUGGGACGUAUACCUAGACACGCGCCUAAUAAUCAAGAAGCUCGAGGAACACUACCCCUCCAGCAAUUCAUACCCACCACUCAGCGGCACACCCGAUGAGCACCGGGGUAUCGAAGCCUUGCUCUCUCUUGCCGUAGCCGGCGGUGAUAUAUUCCGGUCCUGCGCAAUGCUCAUGCCACCGCAAAUCCUCGAGGCGCAAGGUCAACAAUUCCUUCGCGACCGCGCGGACCUAGCAGGCGUUAAGCAAAGCGACAUAGACAAGGGAUUCCUUCCGUUAUCCCCCGAGGUAUUAAAGGCGAUGAGACCGCAGGCGUUAAUUGAGGUACGUCAGUAUGUCCACAUGUUAGAAACGACGUUUCUCGGAGCUGGCGGCAACUGGCUAUUAAAAACCACCAGACCCUCGUUAGCGGAUCUCGAGGCUAUAUGGCCGAUACACUGGAUCUCCACCAUUCCCGGCGCACUACCGCCCGAUUUCAUCAGCAAGGAACAAUUUCCUUUGGUAUUUGGCUGGCUCGAGCGGUUCCAACAAACCAUUGAAUCACAAACACAGACCGUCCGGACCCCGCCGGCCCUAAACGGAGACGAGGCUGCAGAUAUGAUUGUGAAGGCCGGAUUUGGAGAACAUGAACUCCGCGUGGAUCCCGCGGAUCCGGUUGUCGCUGCCGAGGGCCUAAAGGCGGGCAUGGAUGUUGAAAUGUGGCCUACGGAUUGGGGCUCUUUACACAAAGACCGGGGCAAGCUGAUGGGCAUAGACGACACCCAGUUCGUGAUAGAAACGCGGGGAACAUCGGGGUCGGUUAGAGUACAUGCGCCUAGACACGGAUUCAAGAUAGCCAAGGCUGGAGACGAUGGGGUAAAGUUGUGAAGGUGGUUAACAUAUCUAUGAAAAAUGAGGGGCUAUGGGAAUUGUUGAUAUGUGUGUAUGUAUAUCUGGCGCGUUUGUCUGUCGUAUUACUCUCCACUCCAUCUUGGAAUGUCUGAAAUAGGAAAUUCAAAUCAAGUGAAUACCAACGUUUCGGUGGACUUCAUACGUCCACAACAUUUCCUGCAUACUACCUAGAUUGUUGCGUGCUUUAAACUUGUCGAUAUUGUCGAAUUGGAUCUAGUGAUUUAUUAUAUUGCCUACAUUGUUUUUGGUAUAGAUCGGUAUUGGGUGGUAGUAUAUGUAUAGUAGGUGCGUAAUAUGCCUGGUGCCGCUAGUAAGCCUGACUCGGUAGUAGGUCGAAUUCUUGAGAUUUCCGACUCGGGAAACCAUGGGAAAAUUCAACCAAGCUUUGUCUAGUAUCCCGAGGCUUCGUAUGCUAAUUGGUUAGAUUCUUGCAG